CGCGGCCGCGAAAUGGCUACAGUCGUGCGCCGACAGCCGACGAGCGAGGGUUUCGGGGCUCUCUCCCGGACCGUGGUUCCGCACCCAGGUUAAAUGAGAGCAGCGGACCAUGUACAACCUGAACGUGAACGUGAACCCCAGCCCGGCGGGCGCGGCGGGCGCCGCGGGUCUCCUGGGCGUCGCGACGGCCGAGGUGACCCCGAGGACGCCGGAGAUCGUCAACUCCCUGAUCGCGAUGACGAAUCCCUUCGAGGGGUACGCGAACGAGAAGAGCCGGGACCGGACCGACUCCACGAGUAGCGGCGAGCCGAGCCCACCCAGCGUGCAGCACACCUGCAGUCAGCUCAUCAAAGAAGGACUGAAGCUGACGCUGCAGACCAAGAGGCGAGUCAACGGGAGCGGCGACGAAGGAAGGAAGAGGACGCGCAAGGAGGAGGGAAGCGCGGACGACGAGGAGGAGGACGACUCCUCCACCGGCGGCGCUCGCGGAGGGUUGACGCCGGAGGACGAGGAGAGGCGCCGAAGGAGGCGCGAGCGGAACAAGAUCGCGGCCACCAAGUGCCGGCUGAAGAAGCGCGAGAAGACGGUGAUCCUCGUCCAGGAGUCCGAGAUCCUGGAGACGCAGAACCACGACCUCAAGUCCCAGAUCCAGGAGCUGGAGACCCAGAGGCGCAGGCUCGUGGAUAUGCUCAGUCUGCACGGGCCCACGUGUCUGAAGCAGACGGCCGCCGGGCAGUACGGGGAGCAGCAGCAGCCACCGCCACCCCCGCUGCCGAGCUACCGGGAGAAUUUCGUUUCUCCGGGCCGGCCGGACGAGUUCCCCGUCAAGGUCGAGGGCUACGACGGCUCCGCACAGGACUUUUACCGGCAACCCGGGGGCCCGUACAUCUCCGCGCCCGCCGACGCCGGCUGCGCGGUGUAGCGCUCCGGGGCGCGUCGGGACGCGCCUCUCCCCCGCUUCCCCUCGGAGGCGGGACACGGGAGCUCGAACGCAAACCACGCUCUACGACAUUCCCGAAGUAAAGUAACUCUACUGUGACAUUCGUAAGGUUCCGCGAAAUGCGUUAAGGGAAGGGCGAUUUUUGCGAUCUUCCGGCAUCGGGGUUCCGAUGCUGCGGCUUGGCCAACUUUCUAAAGUCUAUAUCUAAGAGGACGUCUCAACCUGGCAGACUUAACGCUUUCUCCGCGACGUCUCCGUUGCGGAGGUCUUGACAGUUUUCCCUCGGUCGCGCGCGGUACGCGCGGCGGUUCAAAAUUCUCGGUCAUAUGUGAUAUUAACGUUACGUCGAACGUUCCGCGUUUACUAGAGUUUAUCGUAGGACGAUGUCUACGUCGUCGGCGACUCUUGACGCGUCAGCGGGGGCUUCCUCGUGCCCGAUCUCGAUCGGGGCCGCCGGUCUUGACUAAUGUCGGAUUUUCCGAGAGGCCAGGGGGCACCCGCGACGCGCGAUCGGUCAAGGUUGGAGCCGGAUCAAAAUGUCAUCAAAUGUCUACGCCCGUUACCUGGAAAAAAGGGGUAUUCUCCGGCGAAGAUGGCAAGAAUCGCGGAAAGACGUCGAACGGAAUCGAGAGACCGAGGUGCGUAUCGAGUUAGUGCGGGACAUUACUCCGUUGACGUGCAGAACGGUUUCUCGACUCUGGACGAUUCAAGUUUCCCCGCUGUACGAAAGGGUUUCUUGAUAUUGAUUAAGUUGCGAUAAUCAAACCGCCACUCCGCGUUCAGAGGAUACCUAUAAUUAUAUGACAUAAUAUUUAAUAUUAUGCGUACGUAUAUUUUAUAUAACUGUUAACAUUUAACGCUAACUAGUAAGCAUAUUAUUAGUCGAUGUAAGAAUCACGUGCCUAAUAACGUACCUCGGUGUAACUAGCAGCUGGUUACUUUCUUACGAUGCGCUCGAAACCGGGAACUCGGGGUUCACAUGUAACCUCGUUUACCCAGCGACGCGACGAGGUACGCUCAAAUGUUUGUCAUUUUGAGAGUACCCAAAUAGAGUCGACGGGAUUUGCUCGCCGGGGGUCGAUUCUGUAAUUCGAUCUGGUGAAAAUUCUCGAAGCGAUUCCGUAAGUUUUGCUAUGGUAAAAAUGUGAAACACUUCGCGUGAGACUACUCGACAAUCUCGGAUUUCGUUUUUUCACCCUAGGGAUUUCACGUUUUCACGUAUAAAAUUGGACAAAUAAACAGUCUCCGACAGAGAUGAGGUCUUUGAAAUAAAAUUGCGCGAGAUGAGUACUCUCGUCAAAGAUAUAGAAUCGGCCCUCGGGUCGCGCAUGGAUGUUAACGUGGCACAUUAACCACGUGUCUCGAUGCUUUAGUUGUACAUCGGUUUUUGCCUUCAGAAUUGAUUGCCCGUCAAACAUAUCUUUGAUAUCUUGCGAAUGUCACGUGCAUUAGACCACAUCGGGUCAAGGAAGUUUUAUUCGAGUCUCGAAAGAGUGACAGGGACAGUCUGGAUGAAAAAUGGUAACGAGCUCGAGUCAAAUGACGUUAGUCUCAAGACUAGAUGCUUAACGUAGUGCUAAGUGAUGCUCGUCCUUUUUUACAAACCCAUAAAAAUCUCAACAUUGCCGUAGCACUUUAAGUGUUUUGGGCUUAAAAUGCCCCGCAAUAAAUGCCUCUUAAGAUCCAGGCAACGCGCACGAUAAAAAAAAAAACGACAGAGAACGUUCUCACAAUUAACGAAAGUUAAUUUUCGGGUUAGCAGAACGUUGCAUAAUCCAAGGAGAUGCUUUACGAGCUUGUUUUGUUUCCAACAUUGUCUUUAUGUUAGUCACAGCAAGGCCAGAACUGCUGCUCAAUGACACUAGUGUUUAGGCACAUUCGUCACACUGGAGCGAUUCCAAAACUGUUUGAUUGACACUUUUUUUGUUACUUAAAAAAAUCUGAUCACAUGCAGGGUCGAUGGAACUUCCAUUUGUUGAAGUGCUUUCUAGCUUUAAAACAUACUCCGUGCCAUUGAAGCACCUUGAACUCACUUGGCUCGAUGAGUAUCGAAUACCUUGCAACAAAUGUUACUCGAUAAAAUGGAACAGUUAAUAUCUAAACAGUCUGGUACUUAAAUUUUUACCGCAAAAAUAAACGGUAUCGUAGAAAUUCGUUUGAAGAUCGCAAGAGAUUUAUGUUAGCUUGCUAAAAUUUGUGGCUACGUUAUUUCUUUGUCUAUAAAAUGCUAAUGUAGUAGCAGUAACUUUGUCUUAAUGCCAUAACACAUUGAACUGAAAUAUUGAUCAACAAUUAACAUUAAUUAAAAAAUUUUAUGAUUAUUUAUAUACCAAGCUCUUAUAGCGAUCUUACAAAACCUUGCCCAGAAAGAAAUGCAAAUGACGCAAUUCUCAUCGAUCAAAGUGACGUUCAAAUGAUAUUAAUAUUUUUUUACACUCUGUACCUGGCUAUGGGUCUCCAUGCGAUCGCCAUUUCUUCAAUACAAGAGGGAUGAAAAACGAUAGAAAUAAAAGUAUAUUAACAAAUACCAAUCAAUGCAAAAGGAAUGGCUAAUUCAAUUUUCCAAAUGUAACCUGAAGAUAAAUUUAUUCUUUCAAUAAAUGUGCCUUUACUACUGCUA